AGUGUGUGUGAGCCGAGUGUGUGUGAGCCGAGUGUGUGUGUGAGCCGAGUGUGUGAGCCGAGUGUGUGUGAGCCGAGUGUGUGAGCCGAGUGUGUGAGCCGAGUGUGUGAGAGCCGAGUGUGUGAGCUGUGGCAGUAACAAUGCCUUCAGUUCAGUAUCUGAGAGAGUUUAUCAACGAGCGACUAACUGCUGCUGCUGAACAAAUAUUCUUGGAGUUUGAAAAAACGAUCGUCCAGUACGAGGAAGAGAUCGACCGUCAGCGCAGACUGCUGGAUAUCACCUGGAAACCCCAAAUCAAGCUGCACAGGACAGACGUCCCACAGCAGCAGGUUUGUGAGGAGGAGGAGGAGGGGGAGGUUCUCCCUGAGCAGCAGCUCUGGAACCAGGAGAGGAGCUCCAGUGUGGAGCAGGAGGAACCAGAACCUCCACAGAUUAAAGAGGAACAGGAGGAACUGUGCAGCAGUCAGGAGGGAGAGCAGCUGGGACUGAAGGAGGAGCCUGAAGUUCAUAAUGAUCCUGUGCAGUACGAGGAAGAGAUGGAGCGUCAGCGCAGACUGCUGGAUAUCACCUGGAAACCCCAAAUCAAGCUGCACAGGACAGACCUCAGACAGCAGCACGUCUGUAAGGAGGAGGAGGUUCUCCCUGAGCAGCAGCUCUGGAACCAGGAGAGGAGCUCCAGUGUGGACCAGGAGGAACCAGAACCUCCACAGAUUAAAGAGGAACAGGAGGAACUGUGCAGCAGUCAGGAGGGAGAGCAGCUGGGACUGAAGGAGGAGACGGAUACCUUCAUGGUGACUGCUGCUGAGGAAGGAGAGCACAGUGAACCAGGAGGAGACGGGGAGCAGCUCCUCUCUCCAAGCUCUGCUGGAGGUGAGAGCCAGGAUCAACGAGGAAACAAGUAUGGAGCAUCAGAACUCCCACAUCACCAGAACAUGAAGGAGGUUCUCCAAGAGCAGCAGUUCAGUAAUCCAGAGAGGAACCCCAGUCUGGGCCAGGAGGAACCACAAGGACAACUUUUGCUUGAGGACGGGACCGAUACCUUUAUGCUAACAGCUACUUGUGAGGAAAGUGACCACAGCGACUCAGAAACAGAUAGCGAGCAGCUCCUCUGUGAUGACUCUCCUGAAACUGAAAGCAGAGAUCAAGAAACGAGCAAGCAAGAAGAGUCGGGGUUAACUGAAGAUGCAGGGUCAAAGCCAAAGAAGGGACAUCAGGGAAAGGAAACUUACCAGCUCAGCUUGCCGAUUUCAGUGAGCCAGUGUAAUGACACUUUCAGUAUGUCCCAGGGAAAGAAGCAUCACAUGAUACAAAACAAUGUGAAACUCUACGUGUGCAAAAUAUGUCGUAAAAUUUUUGUGAGAAGGUAUCACUUGUCUAUGCACAUGAGAAUCCACACAGGUGAAAAACCAUAUUCUUGUGAAACAUGUGGGAAACGUUUCAGUAUAAAACGCAGUUUGGCUCGUCACAUCACCGCUCACACAGGAGAGAAACCGUAUUGUUGUGAAACAUGUGGGAAAAGUUUCAGUGCUAAAAAUAGUUUGUCUUACCACAUCACCACUCACUCAGGUGAGAAACCAUAUUCAUGUGAAAUAUGCAGGAAACGUUUCGGUCAAAGCAGUGCUCUGUAUCUCCACAAGAAAACCCACACAGGCGAGAAGCCGUAUCAUUGUGACAUCUGUGGGAAAAGUUUUCGGCAAGCUGGUCACUUGUCUCGCCACAAGAAAACUCACACUGGUGAGAAACCAUAUUCUUGUGAAACAUGUGGGAAAAGUUUCAGUCAAAGCAGUGUUCUGUAUGCUCACAAGAAAAUCCACACUGGGGAGAAACCUUAUCAUUGUGAAAUAUGUGGGAAAAACUUUAGUCAAAAAAGUCACUUGUCUCGGCACAAAAAAACUCACACAGCUGAGAAGUUGUAGUCCGUUUGAAACGCUGUAUUCUUCUGUCGGUCAGUAAAAAUAAUGUUUAUGUUACAGGUGGAGUAAAGAGAGCUCAGAAGUGUCUUGUCUUGAUCAUGUGAGUUUAUUGCAUGUCACAUUAUAUGUGGUCUGUCAAAUAACAUCUAUUCAGUUCAAUUCAAUUUUAUUUAUAUAGCACCAAAUCACAACAACAGUCGCCUCAAGGUGCUUUAUAUUGUAAGGUCGACCCAACGAAAGACAAGAAAGAAAUAUACUUCCUUUCUUGUCUUUCGUUCACUCUCAGUAAGUUCUAUGUAAUCUCUGUUUAUCUUGAUCUGAUGCCUACUUUGUCUUUUGUCUUAAUUUUGAAAUAUUCCCUUUGCACUUGUUUAAUCUCGCUAAAUGUUCUCUUAUGUGUUUGUGAUAUAUUUGUGCUAGGUUCCUAAAUAUAUUUUAUCUUGAAAUGAAGCAGCUCUUCCAGUUUUUAUCAUCAAGUUUUAUUAUUUUUACCUUAAUGUUUACCUUCUUUCCCUCAUCACUCCAUCUUUUUUUCACCUGAGUCUUGUGGAAAAGUCUUCUUCCACUGUGUGUUUUGUUAGUAUUUGUAACUGCAGGAAAUUUUUCUCUUUUUUUUUUAACCUUUCCUAAAGAUGUUUCGGGGUUUGGAGGUGAUACUAAUAAAUUGGAAAAAAAUGUGGUUAACAUGAUGUGAAAGCUGUAUAAAUAAA